AUGGACGGAAGCUCGAGCAACAUGGAAACCAAUGCGAUGUUAACAUAUGCGUCCGAUUCUGCUUCAUUCUGUUUUAAGCUUCUGCCAUUUCUUCAAAACAGUGAAAAAAUUAAGAAGUGUAUUAAUUUUUUCGGAAAGAAAAAUUUCGCACCGAAAACCGAUCACGAGAAACAAAUUAUAGAUGAGUGCAUCUGGGUGUGUCGCAGAAAUUCCAUUGUGUAUUUUUACGGGAUGUUAUUGGUAAUGAUUGUUUGGUAUUUUCCUGUGUUUUUUAUUAAAGGACGACAGCUCCCUUUACACUUAUGGCUACCGUAUGAUCCCUCAUCUACCACUGUGAACUACUAUUUUACUUUGGUUUACAUGGCUGCAGCAAUUGCAUAUGAUGGAUAUUGCGGCACAAUCAUGGAUCCAUUGAUUGCUGGUUUGACAUAUCAUGCCACAGCCCAGCUAAAGAUUUUGAAAUAUAAUUUAAAGCAUCUUGACAAGCAUCUAGAACAUAACUCAAGCAAAAGUUUAUACACGAAUAUGAAGAAUGUUUCUCUUGGAGCAUAUUCUGUCAGUUUGCUGGAAGUUCCCUUAAACAGUAUAGAAGCUUUUACAUAUACUGGGGCAAUAUUUAGUGUUAGUAUUCAAAUAUAUUUUCACUGCCACUAUGGUACACUACUAUUCGAGGAGAACAAUGGCUUAAUCAAAGAAAUUUAUAUGGGACCCUGGUAUAAAUAUGACACUGAAAUUCGAAAACAUUUACUAAUAGUAAUGGAACGGUCUAAACGGCCACUGCUUAUUACCGCUGGAAAAGUGGUGGAUGUUACAGUGAAAACAUUCGUAUCAGUUUUAAAAACAAGUUACUCGUUGAUUGCUGCUUUCAAUAAUUAUAAUUAA